GAACUCAGGGUCUUUGAGACCAUGCAGGGGGAGCGUCGGUUCUCCAGGUGGGCUGCCUCCACAGCACAACACGCAGUUAGCAGCAGGGCUCUCAGAGAGCAGCGGUGCACUCACUGCUCCAGCUCACAGAAACCUCGACCCUGGUCUCUCACAGCGGUGUGCUGGUUUGUGGUGGGAGGAAGAUGAGAGAAGAAGACUAGAAACAUGGGAGUUCACAUCUCCUAGAAGAACCCAAUGUUGCCACAUCUGCUGGACUUUCUAAUGCUACAGAGAAACCCCCAAACUUUGAGGCUUCAAGGAUGUUCUUCUCAGAUGGGACUCUCUCAGCCGUCACUUAUGCGUUCCUGUUGGGAAUAACGUGUCUGACCGGGCUCUGCGACCGUACCAAGGGGUCUUCAGACUUCUCAGGUUAUCUAUCAAAAGUGCUGAGGAACUACACUGAGAAGGCCUGUGACGGAGACUUCCUCUCAGUUCGCUGUCCGCCCCGCACCACCAUCACAGUCCAAUCAGCUUUCUACGGAAGGAAAGGAGCCUCAGACCCACAGCAGUGCCCGCAGACCUACCAGGCUCUCCUCAGAUCUUAUAACGCUCGGGAGGAUGACCGGUAUUGCUCUGUGUCCACAGCACUUCAGAAAAUGCUGGACGAGUGCCAGGACAGAAGAAGCUGUCAAGUCCUUGUCAAUAGCCGCGUGUUUGGGACGGACCAGUGUCCUGGCAGCAGUAAAUACCUCAUUGUCUGGUACAAAUGCAGACCGAACGAGUAUAAGAGUAAGGUGGUUUGCGAAGAGGAGAGGAUGAGGUUGAGCUGCAAACGGGGAAUGCAGAUCGCUGUUUACUCCGCCAUGUUUGGCCGCACUCAAAGAGGCACCCUGGAGUGUCCCCUCUACCACAGGAGGGCGCCUUCAGUAGACUGCCAGUCCUCUGAGGCUCUGCAGAUCCUGACCGCCCGAUGCCAGGGGAAGAAAAGCUGCCUGGUUCGAGCCUCCACCAGAGAGUUUGGGGACCCGUGUUACUCUGGCACCAGGAAGUACCUGAGUGUCAUCUACACCUGUGUCCCAAAGAAGUUGCUCCAGGAGCAGGGACCCAGACCACCGGUGUUCUCCCCCCCACCCAGCGCCCAUGACCCCAACAUAGUGGGAGACAGCCCUCCAGAGGGGAGCUCAGUCAGAAGCCCUGACUCUGUUCCAGACAGGAAGAAGAUCAGGGAGACAAACCCCAACGAGGAGAAGUUUCCAGAAACCCCAGGAGUAGCAGAAGGAGGAGGAGGGGAAAGUCCUCAGCGUCCCCCAGACAUUAAUCCCAUCAUCAACUCCACCUCUGUCAACAUGGCCCUCAUCAGCAACGCACUUGCAGCUUACACUUACAUAGCAGACCACCCAGAGAGGGCCGCACUCUUCUUCGUCUGUGGUGUAUGUCUGGGCCUCUUCCUCACGCUUUUCGCCCUGGUGGUCCAGAUCUCCUGUCGCACAGACUGCCAGCCUCGCCAGCGGCCUCCCACCAAGAAACGAGCUCGCCCCGCCGACUCAUCCUCUGACUCCAGUGAUUCAGACUCGGACUGGGACACCACGUCGGAUCUUUCGGCGCGGCGACACCGGCGGUUUGAACGCACGCUCAACAUGAACGUGUUCACGUCAGCAGAGGAACUGGAAAGGGCGCAGAGGCUGGAGGAGAGGGAGAGGAUCAUACGAGAGAUCUGGAUGAACGGGCAGCCGGAUAUUCCUGGGACACGUAGCCUGAACCGGUAUUACUAAAGACUGCGACGGGACUUCAGUGAACUUUAGGACACACUUGGCUCCUAUGAAGCUUUACAAGCCAGCAGAGCAAAGGCAACUGUGGACUCACUUGGAUGGGAACAGUCUUUUUGCAGACUUGAAGAAAAACUGGUUUGCAUAUUCCUCUGGGUAUAAUAAGCUGUAAGGGAAUAAGCUCCCUCUCUGCAUGGUAAGCUUGCCUCUUAGCCGCCCUCUUUCUGCCGGAAGCGAGAGGUGAAAGGCUAUAUCGCCUUGCCUGUGACCUCGGCAGGCCCUUUUUUGAAGUGGGGAUUUAUGGGUAAGCUGCGUUCGACACACACAGGCCCACAGAGACUACAUGGUGACUGAAGAACCAGGGCCUCAGAUGAGUCUGAUUCAGCUGCAGAAGACGGCGACACUUGGAGCUUUCUGCUUUUCAAUCUCAAGUAUUCAAGAGUGGACUUUUCAAAAUAAAAGCAGACAGAAGUGUACUGGGCAGUGGGACAAUCUGAGACAAUCUUUAAGAAAAACUAUGCUGCCUUAUGAACUUUUAUAAAACCAAAAGAUAUAUUUUGGGGAGAAUUCAUCUCAACCCUUAUAAAAUCUAUUUUAUAAUAUUUAAUAGUUUAUUGAUGUUAUGUAUUUUUGUUCUCAAGUAUGGUUUGUUUUAUGAGAUAUUUUUAUACUUUUUGAGAAGGUUGUCUGGCACCUCAGGGAUGCAAUCCUAGUGUUUCUGUGUUUGGCUAUUGUAUUUGGCUUCCUAAGAAGGGGAUCAGCCCAUUUAUAAAGUGAUGUCAGCAUUUAAUGAAAACAAUUAGAUCUAUCAUAUAAAGAGCCUCAAAGAGGUUUUUAGUGAUUCAAGCUUAUUUUUGAUACAGUAUGUUUAAUUCACAGUGCAGUGCCUCUUCAAGCUGUUCAGUCCCUGCUGUCUACACUGCAGCUAGUGUAUAACUGGUCGCAUGAUUAUGAAUUGAUUGUCCCAAAUGUAUCUUAUCAUAUACGUAUGCCAAAACUAGAACUAUCCACGAUAUAUGUCUAUUUUGUAACAUUUAAUUUGCUAGAGAUAAAUGUUUAGUCAUCCUUCAUUUGCAAAUUUAAGGUGUAUUGUCAUGCUGCUGUUUUAAAGAUCUAUCUGCUCAUCAUAGUAAACUGGAGGAAGAACCAGCAGUGAAAAGAAGUGUUCAAACAGAGUUUCUAAAAUCAUGUUGCCAGUUUAAAUAAGCUAUCAUCAAUCCAAUUAUGUAUGCGCUGACCUGAAUUUAAGUGUAGGCAUAAAUAUAGUUUUGAGAAGAAGGCUUGGUAUUUUUCUGACUGAGAGUUUAAAAUAAGAGUACACAAGGACAUAUUAAGGUCAUCCACAUAUAGUUUUAUAAGGUCAUUUCCCAAUGCGUUUAAAUUUGAAUGGGAUCAAAUUGUGCCAUUAGCUGGUAAAGUGAGACCAAAAUAUGACUCCUGUGCUUGGAAUAAACUGUUCAAAAAUAAAGUAGUCCUUUGUU